CAUUGCCAAUCCAGACUCAGAGAUUCGUUGCUGUCAUCAUGCUGACCCAUGACUCACUGUCUGACACAAUUACUCCGCCACGAAAAUAGUACUAAGCCUCCCCUGGCCCACUUGAACACCCCCCUUGUCAUUGGUUGGGCCGUUUAGGAUGAAUCUAAUCCCACUGCCUCGCUCUGCUCCGGACAUUCAACUAUCCAUUCUGCAUCACCACCACCAUCACCAUGGCUACCUUCACCCCGUUACUCCCCCCACGCAUGGUUCCGCGCGACCAGUCCGGUCCCACGCCCCUCCCCCGGCCAACCUUGAACCCCCUCCCCAUGAUUCAGAGCAAUCUCACCCUCACCUCCUGGUUACUACUGGGCGGCUUGAUCCAAGGGAUAGCCUGCAUGGCUCUGGGUCCGCUAUCCCUCCUCCCCACCGUCCUCGUCCUUCUCUAUCGAACCAUCGACCAUGUCCUGAUGGCCUGUCACAUCACCCCGAAUCGCUACAUGACGGGCAACAUCCCCGUCAAACACAGCGCCCAAGCCCCGAACCCGGAUGGAACCUUUGGCAGUGAGCCCGCCUCCGAGGACAUUGUCGUCUUCUUGCUUGGGGCCCGCUGCAACCAUCCGCUGGGCAUGUUCGCUCCGGGCAUGAAAUACCUGGGCGACAGCGCCGGCCAGAUGAUGGAGGCCAUGCGGGCCAACCCGGUCAAGUACGGUCUCCUCGGGACCACGCACUGGCUCCGACAGGAGGGAAAUGAGUUCUUGACCAUCUUCUAUCUCCGCAGCUACGAUGCUCUACAUCGAUUCGCCCACGACGAGGAACACAUGGAGGGCGUGCGCUGGUGGUCGCGCGUCGCCAAGGAACAUCCCCACCUGGCCAUCUACCACGAGACGUAUCGGGUGCCCCGCGGUCACUGGGAGAACAUCUACAUCAACACCCAACCCACCGGCCUGGCUAAUACCUGGUUUCCCGUGCGCGACGAUGGCAAGGCCAACCAGGAGGUCGUCCACCAAUGGAUUCGGCCCGUGGUCGAUGCGCGCAGUGGUGUCUUGCGGUCGGCCAGCAAGCGGUUGCAGCUGGCUCACUUGGCGAAACGCGAACAGGAACACGAUGACAUGUAUAACCAGCCGGAUAACUAGUACUACGUGAAUUCAUACUCAGCAAUUUCUUCAGGAAUCCCUACUCUGCAAUGAAAAAAUCCAGGUUUUUCCAAUUUUCUGCUUUGUUCAGCCUCGCGACUGGCCCUAAGCACUAGCCGGACGGCGCGCAUUAGUUGCAGCACUAGACCAGUCCAAGCCCUGUCAUGCUGGGGCUGCUGGUCUUAAUACCCAGGAUUAUAAUUAGCUGUUGCGACUCGUCUUUC